AUGGCGAUCCGAUUCAUCGAAAUCCCGCGGACGAAAGCCAGCAAAGCCCACAUCGGUGGCUCAAUCCUCGAUUUACCAGGCGAGAUUCGCACCAUGAUAUACAUUGAUCUCUUCGAACCUAAAGAAAACAUCCGAUUCCUGUGUUCGGAGGACAAAGAAACGGGUAUCCAGGACGAAGAUAUGAAAUCAAAUUCAUGCGCACCGGUCAAUACGGCUGCGUUUGCCAGUAUCCGCGAUGGUAUGAAUUUGCUGCGCAGCUGCCGGCAGAUCUAUGACGAGGCCGCAAGUGUUUUGUACAGCAACAACACUUUCGUGUUCGGCAUGAUACCAGACGGCCAUAUCAAAACGUCUACACAGAUCAAGGCGGUCGCAAAAGGAUUUGGGCAGAUUCAAUCGGCUGCGAUCUGGUGUUCGGGGUCCCAGAUGCAGUAUGUACGACGGGUGAAGAUCGAUGUCGCCAAUGGAUGCUUGGAAAGUGCCUGCCUCGAGCAUUAUCCAUGGUUCCAGAACGUCGAUCUUGCUCCGCUCGUAAAGGCAAUGUGGUCACCUUCGGCUGUGAAAGCUGAUUUCGAAUUCGUCCUGUCUGACGCGGGUCUUGGCGAUAGAAAUUAUAUUCCGCACUUCGCUCAGUGUCAGCUAUUUGACAUCAAGACUGUCAACACAGUACUAGAGUACCUCCGCGCAGAUACCGACGACUUCAAGAAGUACUCUGGGCAAAUUCUUUCUGUGCUGACCAAGCCAUUCAAGUUUGCUCCGUUUCACUAUUGGAGUAGUCCUGGGUACGUUGUGCUUGGCCGUCAUGGCAGUCAUCGAGACGCACAACAAUACUUUCAACUGUGCCCUGGCAGGAAGAAAGGCAAGCCUCCCACCACAAAGCGAUGGUAUUACCCAAACCUGUUGAGUUUGCCCGAGAGUGUACGGAGACAGAUUUAUCGAUACGUUACGAUUUCCAAGAGGGCUGCGUCUGCGGACUUAUCGAUGGAACAAAAUCCGAAUGUCUAUCCGGGGAUCUUUCCUAUCAAGGAUUUUCUCGCCGUCGAUACAUCAUAG